UACAGGUAAACAGGUAUACAGGUAAACAGGUAUGUGAGGCUGGUCAGUAGUCUAUUGGUCUAAAGAGUAGUUAGUUGUUACUGGUGAUGACGGACUUCAGACUGGACUACAUGGAGCUGCUGCAACAAGACGUCAACAAAAACUCAGACAAGCUGCUGGAUGUGGGGAAGGAGGAUGAGCAGGAAGAGGCUCCUCCCCCCUGCAGGACCCUUCCACAGCUCUGCUCCAUCCCCACCUGGCUGAUCGUCUCCCCGGGGCUCGGAGGAACACCGGUCGACCCCCAGCUGACGGAGAGUCUGAGGAGGAUUCUGUUCGGAGGAACGUUUCACGUCUUUAACUACGAGUGGAGGAAAUCUGUCUUCAAGUUCAGAGAGUCGGACUCAGAGUUAUCGUACGCACUGGAGACCGACCGGGGCGGGGCUCGGACCGUACAGAUGGUGGUUCAGGCUCGUAUCAUUAAAAACCUGCUGUUCAUCAGACAGAGCAGCUCAGACACUCAGACCCUGCACAGUCUGUGUGAGGUAGGACAGAAGGACCAGGAGGGGGCGCUGGCGGCUGCAUUGUCCGACAGCCUCUGGUUGGCCGGCCAGGAGAUCAGUGCCACCGUUACCUUGGUAACCAAAGACUACUGCAUCACACCUCACCUGGACUACAAACUGGACGACUUCACAGAGAGGCUGCAGCUGUUCACAUUUCAUCAGAAAGAAGACGUGAGGAGGUUCAUCCUGGAGCACGUUAAGUGUUUCACAGAGGAGGGCAGUCAUGGAGUCAUUCUGUUCCUCUACAGCCUCAUCUGCUCCCGGACCGCUGACAGGCUGCAGGAGGACCUGGACUCCACCUGCUCCCACCUGCUCCACCUGAGUCUGGGGAACUUUGUGUGUGGCCAGGCCCUGAUCAACCUGCUACUGACUGGACGGGCCCGUCCCAACGUCUUCAAUGGGACUGUGCACCGCGACCACGAGGGACGCCCUCUGGAGCGCCCCCUGCUGGGUGUCCUUAGCCGUGGCGAUGUGGGUUACCUGCACUGGAGCCGAGAGCAGACGGAGCACGGCACACUGCCACAGGUGGGCAGUAUGCUGAAGACCCCCCGGUUUCCUGUCUGGCUCGUCAGUGUGAACAGUUGCUGCUCCAUGCUGUUCAGCCUAAAGCGCUCGCUGCUCUCUGAUUGGAGGAUGGAACAUCUGUUCAACCUGUACUACUACAAUGGACAAAACUCCCAGAAACACACCUGUAAGCUGACUGUAGAUACUCACUCCCACCACUGGGAGGCAGCAUCCACAGAUCAGGACCCUGAGAGGAGGAGUCCCUCUCUGGAGAUGACCAUCAGGACCAAGUGGGGGGGGGCUGCUAUAGACUGGAACGGAACCUCACCUUUCUACUGAACACCUGAGUCCACAAGCUGACCUGGACCUGGAGUCGGUCGGAACCACGAUGUGUUCAAGGACUGUUGUUGUUCCUGUA